AUUACUCUCCCACCCGAAAGCCAUAUCCAAUAUCCUAUGGGCUAUUAACGUUAACUAAACAAUAUCCAAUAUCCAAUAUCCAAUAUCCAAUAUCCAAUAUCCAAAUAGCAUCAAAUGGAAUAUACCUUUUAAGAAUCUUUUAGGUCUAUAAAGACAGAGACAUCUCACUCAAAGCUCCUCUUCUACUUAACACAAACACAACCAACAAAAAAAACAAAACUCAAAACAUACUAUGACUUGUACCCAAACACUCCUAAACAACAACAACAACAAAGACAACAAGUACCAGAUCUGCGAAGAGAUCGGUCGUGGCCGCUUCGGAACCGUUACACGCGUCUACUCUCCAUCCACCGGCGAUUUCUUCGCAUGCAAAACCAUCGCAAAAAGCUCCCUAACCGACGCGCUUGACCGCGCGUGCAUAGACACCGAACCAAAACUCAUGGCUCUCUUGUCUUACCACCCAAACAUCAUCCAAAUCCACGACCUCGUCGACACUGACUCCACCCUCUCCAUCUACAUGGAGCUAGUGGACCCCUCCGUCUCCAUCUACGACCGUCUCGUCUCCUCCGGUCCCUUCUCCGAGUCCCAAACGGCGUCGUUCGCCAAACAGAUUCUCCAAGGUCUCUCGCAUUGUCACCGUUACGGCGUCGUUCACAGGGACGUUAAACCGGAGAAUAUUCUUUUGGAUCUUAGGGACGAUACGGUGAAGAUAUGUGACUUCGGGUCUGGGGUUUGGUUAGGUGAGGGAGAGAGUACAGAAGGUGUGGUGGGGACGCCUUAUUACGUGGCGCCCGAGGUUCUGAUGGGUUUUGAAUAUGGUGAGAAGGUUGAUGUUUGGAGCGCUGGUGUUGUUUUCUACACGAUGCUCGCCGGAGCUCCGCCGUUUUACGGGGAGACGGCGGAGGAGAUUUUUGAAGCGGUGUUGAGAGGGAACUUGAGGUUUCCGCCGAGUGUGUUUAGAGGAGUUUCGUCGAUGGCUAAAGACUUUUUGAGGAAGAUGAUGUGUAAAGAUGUGUCUAGGAGACUCUCAGCUGAACAAGCUCUCAGGCACCCAUGGAUUCAAAGAGCAGGGGAAGCAGAGGAGAGAUUCAUCUAGAAAGAUUCAGAUAUAUAAGUGAAGAGAGGAGAAUGUAAUAAAGUAGUUAGUAGUGCUUAUCGGUUUGUUUGGUCUAACAGUAACAUGUGUGAGUGUCGGCAUGUAAAUGGGGUUCCUACCCACAAGACUCUUCUGGAAGAACAUAUAAAGAAAAAGGAGCUAAAUAAAUAAAAGAGGUUGCUGCCAAAGUUCCAAGCUGGCUGGCUUCUUCUGAGUGAUGUUUGGCAAUGAGUUUUUUUUUUUUUCCUUUUGUGAAAUGUUGGCUUUAAGGUUUGCCUUUUGCUGUUUGUUUAAUUCCUUUAGGUGUAGUGUAGAAGGUAACUAUCUUUUUCCGCCUUUUGCUGUUUUAUUUUCUGCCUUUGAGGUGUGUAAAAGGAUGAGAGAAAAGCAGAGUUGUACUCCUUUUUUUUCUCGCUUUAUCAAUAAAAUAUGUUAUAUAUUUUCCUUUUUCAUAUUUUUAACAUUUGA